AUGCUUAUGCACGACGCUUCAGCCAUGGAGGCGUCUUACGGGCACCUCAUGGGUGAAAUCUUGGCCACUUCGGAUCGAUUAGACUGCAAAAUGCUCGGUGUUGCGAACUAAACAAAGGCACAACUUGAAGAAGCCAUGGCGGAGAUUAAAAUGUUGGCUCAUAAAGUUCGCGCCAAACUGAAGCAAAUGGAAAUGAAUAUCGAAUACGAUGAAAACGCUGACAAAUCUUCGGCAGAUUUGCGGAUACGCAAGACACAGUACUCAACAAUCUCUCGCAAUUUUAUCGAAGUAAUGACGGACUACAACAAGGCUCAAGUAGCUUUCCGAGAUGCUUGCAAAAACCGAAUAAAACGUCAAAUGGAAAUU